GUGGGUAUUGAAGUUUAUUCGCUGUAUUUAGUUUUUGGCUUCGAGAUAUCGGGGGUGGAUUGAAGACCAAAAGAGUUUCGUUCUGUGGGUUUUUGAGAUAUGGGCAUUUGAAUUAGGGUUUCGGAAAGAUGGGAGCAGGUGGUGAUGCUAUUCAGGUAGAGACAUGGGAUGUUGGGAAAUCGAAGGGAAGGAAGACGAAAGAUGACGAGACUGAGGACACUGGGUGUUGGUUUAAGUUAAGGUUUAUGGGGAGCUGCAUCUCAAGAUCCAAAGUGGAUUCCUCUAUAAGCGGCACUAGUACUCAUUAUGCGGAAAGUAAAUCUACAAAUGAUACUAGUAGGGACCAACCAGUUGUCCCGAUAGCCUCCUCUUCAACAACUAGCACUGCAGAAAGUAACCCAUCUACUCCCAAAGUAGGUGAGGAGCUGAAGGUUGCUUCUCAGCUUAGAAAAUUCGCAUUUAGUGAGCUCAAGACAGCAACAAGAAAUUUUAGACCAGAGAGUCUCCUUGGUGAGGGUGGAUUCGGUUGUGUUUUCAAGGGAUGGAUUGAGGAGAAUGGAACUGCUCCAAUGAAACCUGGGACAGGGCUUACUGUUGCAGUUAAAACCCUCAAUCAUGAUGGAUUACAAGGUCAUAAAGAGUGGCUGGCUGAAGUUAAUUUUCUUGGUGAUCUUCUUCAUCCAAAUUUGGUUAAAUUGAUUGGUUACUGCAUUGAAGAUGAUCAAAGGCUGCUAGCUUAUGAGUUCAUGCCUCGAGGGAGCUUGGAAAACCACCUCUUUAGAAGGUCCCUGCCUCUCCCGUGGUCCAUUAGAAUGAAAAUUGCACUUGGCGCUGCAAAAGGGCUUGCUUUUCUUCAUGAAGAAGCACAAAGGCCAGUGAUAUAUCGGGAUUUUAAAACAUCUAAUAUCCUGUUAGAUGCGGACUACAAUGCGAAGCUUUCUGACUUUGGACUUGCCAAAGAUGGUCCUGAGGGGGAUAAGACGCAUGUAUCUACCCGAGUGAUGGGAACAUAUGGAUAUGCAGCCCCAGAAUAUGUGAUGACAGGGCAUCUGACAUCAAGGAGCGAUGUCUACAGCUUCGGAGUGGUCCUACUUGAAAUGCUGACUGGUCGAAGAUCCAUGGAUAAAAACAGACCAAAUGGGGAGCAUAACCUGGUUGAAUGGGCAAGGCCACAUCUUGGGGAGCGGCGGAGGUUUUACCGUCUAAUAGAUCCUCGCCUUGAAGGUCACUUCUCAAUUAAGGGUGCACAGAAGGCUGCCCAGCUAGCCCAGCAUUGCUUGAGCCGGGAUCCAAAGGCUAGACCUCUGAUGAGUGAAGUUGUUGAAGCUCUGAAGCCGCUGCUGAACCUGAAGGACAUGGCUAGUUCCUCCUACUAUUUCCAGACCAUGCAAACAGAUCGCAGUGGCUCCAAUCCAAACACCAGGAAUAGCCUUAGAACUCAGGCUGGAUCUCUGUCAAGGAAUGGACAACAGAUAAGGAGCCUCUCGAUGGCAAAUGGUUCGCAUGCUUCUCCCUAUCACCGCCAUCAAACACCCCAGCAAUCACCCAAACCCAAUGGUAAACAGCCAUAGCAUUGGGUUCAUGUUAAUGAGUUAAUCUGCUUUGUCGUAGGCUUUUUUUUAUUUUGUCCCUUUAUUUUUCUUUUUUUAUAUAUAUAUAUAUAUUGUCUUUCGGUGGCAUUUGAGUCUUAGAAACCUGAACAAGCAUUGGGGCAAUAUGUUGGCUUUAUUCUGAUGUAAAUCUUUGAAAAGUGUUAAGAGAGGGUUGGUGGGCUCUGCCAUUUGCCAUUGUGGACAAUGGUAAAUUGCGAAGCUUUUGGAGAGAACUAUAUUGCCACCUCAUGUCACCUGAAAUUUGUUGGAAAAUAUGAUAACAGUGAAUAUAGUUAUUUGACUGGUCA